AUGGCAGGACAUCCACAUCCCUGGAAGUGGACGGUGGCCACCCUGGUUGCAACCCUGGUUCUGGGGGUCUCAGAACCUGUUCUUGCUGAGGAUGUUUCCUCUUGUGGCGACCCCUCUGGCAACCGGCCCUCUGGGACUAACAGAGACCUCAGCCGGGAGUCCGAGUCAGGGGAGGAUACCCGUUCGGACAGCAGUUCUCGCAUUAUAAAUGGGUCAGAUUGUGAAAAGGAUGCACAGCCAUGGCAGGGGGCACUGCUGCUGGGACCCAACAAACUGUACUGUGGGGCAGUGCUGAUCAAUCCGCAGUGGCUGCUCACAGCAGCGCACUGCAGAAAACCAGUGUACAGAAUCCGUCUGGGCCACCAUUCCAUGUCACCUGUCUAUGAGUCUGGGCAGCAGAUGUUCCAGGGGAUCAAAUCUAUCCCUCACCCUGGUUACUCCCACCCUGGCCACUCCAAUGACCUCAUGCUCAUCAAAAUGAACAGAAAAAUCCGUGACUCCCACUCAGUGAAACCCAUCAAGAUUGCUUCUGACUGUCCUGCCCAGGGGACCAGGUGCCUGGUGUCUGGCUGGGGGACCACAAGCAGCAGCCACAACAACUUCCCCAAAGUCCUCCAGUGCCUGAAUAUCACUGUGCUGAGUGAGGAGAAGUGUAAAAACUCCUACCCUGGACAGAUAGACAAGAGCAUGUUCUGUGCUGGUGAUGAAGAGGGUAGGGACUCCUGCCAGGGUGAUUCCGGGGGACCUGUGAUCUGCAACGGCCAGCUGCAGGGCCUUGUGUCCUGGGGUGAUUUCCCCUGUGCCCAGCGGAACAGGCCAGGUGUCUACACCAAACUUUGUGAGUUUUCUAAGUGGAUUGAUGAUACCAUCAAAUCCAACUCAUGA